CUAAACGGACACGGCCUUUGAAUCUAAAUCAGUCUAAACUUAGAUCACUCCUAAGUCUUCGUGAGUAGAGUUCACAUCAUCAUCUUCUAUUUUCUCCGACGAUUUCUUAUUUAUUUAUUUUUUCGGUCUUCUGAUUUUUUAUUUCUUCUGUUUCAUUGACUACCGAUGGCAAUUGUUGAUGAUUAAUUGCUGCGGUUUGUUGUUGUAAUUUUUUUUAAUUAAAAAAAAAGGGUGAAAAGAAAGAAGAAAAUUUUAGAAACAAGUUAUUACUUUUACGUAAAAUGGCAUACAGUUGGGACAACCGAGUGAGCUUCGUUGUUCGGGCUUUGUAUGAUAUCGACAACAAUGGAGUAUUAAAUCAACAUGAUUUCGAGUGCAUGGCAUUAAAAAUGACAUUAAUGGAGGGCAAAGGUGACUUUAAUUACAAUCGUUAUCAAGAAAAUCUUCACAUCAUGUUAUCACUUUGGGAAGAAAUCGCAGAACUUGCAGAUUUCAAUAAAGAUGGAGUCGUUACCGUAGAAGAAUUCAAAGAAGCUGUACAGAAAAGUUGUAUGGGUCGAACUUAUCGUGAUUUUCCUCAAGCUAUGAAAUUAUUUAUUGACAGUCACUUCAAAUUAGUUGACAUUAAUGAGGAUGGAUUGAUUGCUGCUGAAGAAUACCGAUACAAUUGCGCGUCACGUAUUCCUUUGGAUAGCAUCGAUGCUUUAAAUGAAGCCUAUCAAAGUCUUUUAACUGAUGAUGAUAGAAGACGAGGUGGAUUAACUCUCGCACGUUUUCAAGAAUUGUAUGCACAAUUCUUAGGGAAUCCCGAUGAAACUUGUCCUGCUGUUCAUCUUUUUGGGCCUUUACAAGAAUUAUGUUAAUCUACGACUAAAGACAUAAUAAAAAAAAAAAAUUGUACAUUAAUUAAAGUAAAGAAACUAGAUAUUUAUAUAAAUAUACUUACCCUUGAUAGGUAAAAUAUAAAAUAAUGACUAAGGACAAGAUUUUUGCCUUAUUUUUUAAAUGAAUAGUUCAAGUUUUUGACAUUACGGGUAAAAUAUCGGUCUAGGUAAAAAAGUUUUCGAACAAAAGUUGUAGGAAAUUUAAUUUUUUAGAGAAAAUGUUUCUUAUUAUUUUCUUGUACGAUCAAUAUUUUCACCGUAAUUCAAAAAUUAAGAUUUUUAUAAUUAACAAAAAUUUGAAUAGUUCAUUAUGAAUCUCAAUUUCGGAAUUACGGUGGAAAUAUCGGCCGUAUAAAAAAAUUUUUCAAAUAAAAGUUGUAAGAAAUUUAAUUUUCUAAAGAAAAUGUCUCUUAUUAUUUUCUUGUACGAUCAAUAUUUUCACCGUAAUUCAAAAAUAAAGAUUCAAAAUUUUGUUAAUUGUAAAAAUCUUAAUUUUGAAAUUACAGUAAAAAUAUUGAUCGUAUAAGAAAAUCAUCGGAGACAUUUUUUUUAGAAAAUUAAAUUUCCUACAACUUUUGUUCAAAAACUUUUUUCAUAAGACCAAUAUUUUCCCCGUAAUAUAAAAAAUUUCACACCACUAAUUAUUAAUUAUUUUUAAAUUAACGCAAAAAUCCUGGCCCUGAUAAUGACAUUAAAAUAACUGUAAUAAAUCUCAGGAUCAAUAAUAUUUAAUUAAUAAAAUUUUAUUUACUCAUUAAACACUCGGGUUUCACAUUAUACAAUAUUUACUUUCUUAUUUUAAAAGUUUAUUUAUUUGUUACAUAUCAAUUAUUACAAUUAUCAUUAAUAUUAUAAUUGUUAUGUUAUUUAUUAUUAAUUAUACUUAUUAUUAAUAUAAAUCAAUCAUUGACAUAACAUUUGCGCAAUUAAAUUCAUACAUAAAACGACACACAAUACACGCAUGCAAUUCUACUCAGUUCAAUUACUAAUUUUUUUUAAUUAACACUCAGUCAUAUGUGAGAAAAAAAAAACUUUUAUUGUUACUGAUAAUUAAUCAUGAGUGUAAAAGUAGCAGACAGACAAAUUUCAAAUUAUAAAUCAAUAGAGGAAAUAAUUUUUAAAAAAAUAUUUCGAAAAAAUGCACUUAUUAAUUUUCAAAUUUUUUAAAUGCGCAUUUUUUUCAAAUUUUAUUUUAUUAAUUAUUUACUAUAAUCAUUAAUAAUUUUAAAAUUGUCUGAUGUCUGCCACAUUUAUACUCUUAAUUAAUCAUAUGAAUUUUAGGGUUUCAUGACAACUGAUCCCCGACAAGUAAUCACACAAUAAUUGAUCCCACAGACAAAUUAAUAAAAUAAUUAAUUAUUAAUUAAUUACUAUGACAUGAGUAAUUAAAAUUCACUGUUGUAAAUAUGAAAAGUUAAAUUAUAUAAAUUAGUUGUUGAUAAAAAUUAAUUGUUGAUGGGAUGAGAUGUCGGAUCACUUGUCGUGGUGUAAAAUUAGUGGGAUCAGUUGACGGCACACCGAAUUUUAUUAAUUUUGUAAAUUAUAAAUAUUCAGUUAAUUAUAAAAAAAUGAUUUAAUUGCAAUUAUAAUACAUAAUUACUUUCAAUGAGAAUUUAAUUCUCCAGAAAGUAUAUUGUUAAUUUUUUAAUUAAUUACGUAUUAAUUGCUUACAAUAUUUUUAAUUUAAUUAAAAAAAAGUAAUUCAUCAAACGCGCUGUCCAUAAAUUCUCUUAAUUUUUUUUAUAUAUAUAUAUUUAUACAUAUAUAUAUACUCACAUGUAUACAAUAUUAUAUUUAAUCGGAUUGUUAUAUUGUAUUGUACAAAAAGAUUCUUGUCAACGUACGGUAAAUUUAUAUAAUUAAUUAAUUAAUUUUCAAAAUUUUAAAAUUAUAAAUUCAAAUGUUGAUUUUUUUCUGAUCACGAAUUCAAAUUUUUUAUAAAAUAUAAAAAAAUUUUAAUUACGUAAUUAUAGAAUAAUUAUAUACAUAAUUAAUUGAUCUAUUUUGAAUAGUUUAUAAUUUAUUUUAAAACCGAAUAAAUAAUUUAUUAAUAUGAAAAAAUAUCAACAUUUGAAUUUAUAAUAAACAUCAAUUUCCAAUUAAUUUAUAUUAAUAUGAAUACUUUUCAACAAAUUAUAUAAAGCUUUGACAAUAAAGCUUUACGAUAUUAUUUAUUAUAUAUAUUUAUUUAUCAUUCAAUACUUAUUUAUUAUAUAUAUGUACUUGCAUAAACUUUUAAUAACAAAAAAAAAAAAUAAUAAUAAUAAUCAUUUUUAUUAAGCCGUCA